GCACUGCUGAAUAACUUACCCCAUCUACUGGUUCGCGGCUGCUUCGACGAUUAAUGCAGUCUCUCUUCCAUCUCCUGGCGUUAAUCUCUGCCUCUUCCUUUGCCCCAUGUCUUUAUCCAGCACUAUCCUAGUGCAAGCCCACCCCAGCAGGCAGCCGGGGCUCAGUCCUGUCUAACUCCACCCAGUAGGACCGGAGCUCUCUCCCUCCUCACUACUUCUGCCUAACUCCUCUAAGUCUCUGGCGGUCGUUUCUCUGCCGGGUUGUGUAAAACGAGUCCUGGUGGAGAACUGUCACCCGGUCGGUGUGUGCAGGAGUCGAGGACUGCAGCCUGUUGCUUGCUCUCCCCUUUCUUCCUAAACGUGAUUAAACCCAGUUCUGAUUCCAUCUCAGCUCAGACCGUAUUGGCAGCUGGCCCUCAAAGAGGGUAAGGCAAUGGCGAGGAUCAGAUUCACUUCUGGUUUGUCCCCCUGCACCGAGUGCGGCCACAAGUAAUAUCAAAGGUUGGAUAAGUGCGCAGAGUUCUCUGUUUCUCCUGAUCCCUUCAGUUCCCCAGUGGAUGAUCCUUCACUUCGUCAUGUCGACUCAUACGGACCUCCUCACAGAACUCCCGUUCCUGGAGAGGCUGCCCACCCCAGACCGUCUUAGGGCUGCAAAGAAACGCAGGGCGCAACAGCUGAAAAAAUGGGCACAGUAUGAGAAAGAGAUGCAGAAUAAAAAGAGGAAAACUGACAAGAAGAAAAACACAGGGAAUCACCAACGAGUCUCCUUCACCCCAAAUGUUCUGCUCUUAGAGGCUUCCUCCAGGAAUGACAUUGAGGAAGUGAGCCUCUUGCUGAAAAAGAAUGUGAACCCAGAUCUGUGCAAUGAAGAUGGACUCACUGCAUUACAUCAGUCCUGCAUUGAUAACUUUGAAGAGAUGGUAAUGCUGCUUUUGGAUCAUGGCACCGAUGUCGAUGCGAAGGACAAUGAGCUGUGGACUCCUUUGCAUGCAGCUGCCACGUGUCGACACACCAAUCUUGUGAAAAUUCUCAUCGAACGAGGAGCUGACCUGCUGGCAGUCAAUGCAGAUGGGAACAUGCCCUAUGAUUUGUGUGAUGAUGAUCGGACUUUGGAGAUCAUCGAGACAGCAAUGGUUAAUCAGGGGAUCACUCAGGAGAAAAUUGACCAAACCCGCACUGCGGUAGAACAGCAAAUGAUUGUAGACAUCAGAGAAGGUAUUCAGGCGGGCACUGAUCUGAAUGCAAGAGAUGCUCAGGGUGCCACCUUGCUACAUGUGGUGGCUGCCAAUGGGUACUGUACAGUUGCUGAGCUGCUUCUCGAGCAUGGGGCCAAAGUAAGCAUCAAGGACAAUGACGGCUGGGAACCAUUGCAUGCAGCUGCCUGCUGGGGUCAGAUGCAAAUUGCAGAAUUGCUGACAGCUCAUGGUGCGAGUCUCAAUGCCAAGACAAACCUUAAAGAAACACCAAUUGAUCUCUGUGAUGAUGAGGAGUUCAGAGUUUUGCUUCGACAGCUCAAGCACAAACAUGAUAGCAUCUUGAAGUCACAGGGCAAGAACAAGUCAUCUUUAAGCAGGAGAACCUCGAGUGCUGGAAGUCGAGGGACGGUGGUGCGGCGAGCAAGUGUGUCGGAUCGAAAUAAUUUGUACAGGAAAGAAUGCGAGCAGGAGGCAAUUAUCUGGCAGCAGAUGGGGCAGAAGGAAAUGGAAAAGGAAAUCGUAGGCAGUGAUGGCGAAGAUAAAGACUCAUGCAAAGAUCAGGAGAAUGUGACCCCGAGUUUGGCAUCCAACUCCCAAAGAGGUGUGAUGGAACAAUUUGGGCCUACAGAAGAGUCGGCAGAUAUUGGCGGAAAGAACAGUCCUUCACUCUCAAUCUCAACUUCGCGGAGGUCGUCGUCGGACACUGAAUCCUUGAGAAUAUCCCCCACGGAGGAAACCGCAAAUGGCCAGGUUCCCCCGGACAGUUCCUGCCCUGCUCCUUCACCGCAGCCCAACAGGGACAAGAACUGCCAGACGCUGUCGGAGCUGAAGCGACAGCGAGCAGCCUCCAAGCUGAAGAAGCAGCUUUCUCAGGAAGCAGCUCUGGCCAAUGGCCUGGGAAGCAUCUUGGAAAGUGACCAGCUUCCACCAAAGGGCAGCCCGGUGGGCUCGAGGACAUCAGAGGUCAGCUCCAAUGGGAACUCGCUCUACUAUUACCAGCCCUAUGGGGACCCUCCACUAUUAAAACUUAAGGCACCAGUGGAGGAGCCAGACACUAAGGGACAGGGCUGCUGUAGGAUUGUGUGAUUGGAAAAAAAGGACCUGCAAAAGUGUUCUGUUGCAAGUUGCACUUGGGCCAGAGAUGGUAGCUUGUGUGACAACAUUCACAUUGGUAGCUGCUACAUUGAAGUACUGACGUGAGGAUGUUAAUUUAAGCACUAUUUUAAUUCAUUGGCCACUGAAUUCACUGUAACUGUAUGGAGUUCUUUAUUCUGCAAGGUAAGAGUGAAUGACUGACUGUUUGACUGUUUGGAAUUCCUGGCCAUUUAGUAUGGUAAGGAUUCCAUACUGUAUUACUGUAUAGAGUUUCUGACUCACCUGAGGCUGUGUCUUUUUUAUUCUCUCAAACUGCAGGAUUAAAUGUAAGUUUUAAUCUGGUGCUAUUUAAUUGAAUGCCAGUUCGGCACUUGCAGCAUCUGUAACCAGUUUAUGAAAACAACUGUCAAUUUUGAAUGGUUUAUUUUAAAGUCAGCAAUUUGCACAGCACCAGAUUUAACAAUGCUGCAUUUUUUUUUUGUUGUGAGCAACUGUUGUAGAGCUUGUCCUAUUUAAGGUUCCUCAAGCAUCAUGUUACUCCUGUCUUCAAGGGACUACAUCACGCUCUCUAGGAACUUAGAGAGAGAAAUUGUUUAUUGAUAAAUAGUGACUUAUAGUGUAGUGUUAUACCCCUCUCACUAAUGGGCAGGUUGGGCUAUCUGUACAAGUGGAAGAUAUGGGAACAUUUUCCCAUUUAUCACUGAGGGAUAUUGAGUACUUCCAAGUCGGGCCUACAGUGGUCACAGACAUAUUGUGCUUUUGAGGCUAGAAGCCAACCACUGGGCCUUACCUCACUGAAGCCAUUCUGCCCUAGACUGGAAAACUCUUCCCUUUCCCAUGUGCAUGUUCAUCUCUAAGGCAACUUUGCUGCUUGUUCAGGAGCUGUGCGAGAGACCAGUAUUUCUUCAAACCAGCUUCACUUGCAACCCUGAUCCUGAACCUGUCUGCUCCCAACUCCUUGUGUUUAGGAGGGAUAACAUGCUGUGUGAAGUUGAACAAGGAACUGAAUUGUAGCAACAUGCAUGAUAGUAACCGAAUAUCAUGUGAUCAUCUGGUAUGGCCUUUUGGCAACAUUUCACUGGGUCAAAAACAUAUAAAUCUAUCUAACACUCAAAGCUUAAGUUGACGCAUCCACUAAUUGUCCUGACUGACGUUUGGAAGUCACCAUAGCCCCAGAAGACCAUAAGCUGCUCUCCCUUAUUAGAGAGAGAGAGAGAGAGAGAGAGAGACAACCAUUGGUGAAUUUCACUGAGAGUCACCAUGCCUCAGAUGAGAAGACAGGGCUUUCGUGACCUUCAGCCGGCUUGGGAAUUGAGCCUGUUCUGUUGGUGUCACAAACCAACUAUCCUGCCAAUGGCAUUUCUUCCUCAGUCAGUAACAUCCGAUUAACUUGUUAGUUAUUACAUUGUUGGUUGUUGAAUCUUGCUGAUUACACAUUUCCUGGUGUUUUUGCCUGCAAUACUCCCAGUGACUACACUGCGGGAAGUUCUGAGGAAGUGAAUUCUGUUGUCCAGAUGUAAAUUUGUUCUGCUCGUUUUGUUCUGGAACCUCCCGGAGAGGAGACAUUCCCUUUUUUUUCAUGUUGCCACUCAAUCCUGAGUGGGUCAAGACAGUUUCUUCCUUUGUUCUUGAUCUGCAACAGUUCCCUUUGCUCCCCCUUUCCUGAAGUCAUGCUUGUGUACAGAUUCUAGCAACUUUCCUCAAGUGACCUUUGACUCAAGAGGCAGCACAGUGGCUCAGUGGUUAGCACUGCUGCCUCACAGUGCUAGGGACCC